AUGGCCGACCUCAACAUCAAGAACGGAUGUACAGUCCAGACUCAAGACGGAAGGGAGGGGACCGUGCGGUAUAUUGGUCCCCUACACAUUGCGGCCGGAGAAUGGUUGGGCCUCGAGCUCCCAGAUAACACGGGCAAAAACGAUGGCUCGGUCAAAGGGCAGCGAUAUUUCCAAUGCGCCCCGGGCUUUGGUAUCUUUGUCCGUCGGGAGUCUGCGGUCAAGGUCGUCAAGCAGCCUAGUCAAGGCCCCAGGCCAAGCGGCAAUGGGUCUUUGACUAAACCCAGGCCGUCGAGCGGAGUGACUGCGGAUGUCGCGAGGAAAAGACAGAGCCUCAUGAGUGCAGGUUCCGCCGCAGGCGGUGGAGCGAGGCUGUCCAUGAGGUCUCCUACGAAGUCGCCUACCAAGAUGGUGCCCUCUUCUGCCACUUCGACCACUUCAACCCCACGCAGCGGCACGCCAGCAACGACUGCACGAACGUCCGACUCGAGCACAAAAUCUAGGCUUAGUACUGGUGGGAGGACGUUGAUGGGCCCACCCGCCACUACGACAUCUAAGACCAGUGCGGCUGCAAGCAGAAUGUCCGUUGGAGGUGGUGUCAGACCUUCAUCAACAAAGCCGUCCUCUGCCCAACCUCGAGCUGCACUGGCAGGCUCGAGGCUGUCAAUGAGUAGCCGAGGUCCUCCUCGAGACGACAGGGCUCAGGCCCCUCCCACCAGCUCUGAAACACUUCGGUCGCCUCCGAUACAGGAAGAACCGCCGCCAACUAUACCUCCGACGGAAGAAGCCAGCUACGAGCCUUCGGAAUCGUCAGUUGCGGACCUUGGAGUGCCCGCCUCGACAGCUGCUCCCAAAGAGACAAACCGGGUAUUAAGUAGCGGCUCGAACCUGCCAGGGGAGGACAAGUCGAGGCAUACACAGGUCAUCAAGGCGUUGGAGACCAAGGUUCGCACGUUACAGAAACAGAGGCAAGAAGACCAGGCAAGACUUCAAACUGUGCAGGAGCUAGAGAGCCAGACUACAAGAUACGAGAGUAUCAUUCAGACACUGCGAGAGAAGCUCAAAACCAAUUUACAAGAAAUCCAAGAGCUGCGGGCCAAGUACGAAGAUGCUGAAAGCCGUGCUGAAAAGGUUCCGGACAAGAGUGCCGAGCAGGAGUCUGAACUGGAGCUCGCGACGCUGGACAAGGAGAUGGCCGAAGAGCGUGCGGAAAUGUUUGAGGCCGAACUGGAGGCAUUGAAGUUGAAGCAUGAGGAACUGGAGCUUGAAGCCGAAAUCCUCCGAGAAGAGAACCGCGAAUUGACAUCCGUCAUGAGUCCAGAAGAAAAGGCGAGUGCGGGAUGGCUUCAAUUAGAGCGCGAGACAGAGAGGCUGCGGCAGGCGCUGGUGAUGCUUCGGGACAUGUCUCAACAAAACGAAAGUGAUUUGAAGAAUGAAAUCAAAGAACUUCAGCAGAGCUUGGACGAACACCAAGGAACGGCUUCCAAAUACGAUGAACUGGUGGCCAAGCUCAAUCGAUCCGAAGAGACCAACCAACACUUGAGGGAACAGCUCGAAGCCGCAGAAGCCAACGACGAUAUGCUCGAAGUCAUGGCAGCCGAGCGAGAUCAAGAUCGGCAUAUGAUCGAGAUGCUAAAGAGACAGGUGCAGGAUCUCGAGGAGCAUGUCCAAGUCACGGACGAGCUGGAGGCAUUCCACGUCGACGAAGAGAAGCGGCUGCACUAUCAGUUGAAUGAGGUCGAGGCCAUGCUUAACGAAAAACAGCGGCAGACUGGCGAGCAAGAGAAGAUGAUUGAAGAUUUGGAGUACACCUUGACCAAAUUCCGAGACAUGGUCCAGGGACUUCAGAGUGACAUCAACGAACUGCGGCGGUCGCGAGAAAUCAGCGAGCUCGAGGCACAUGAGAUGAGCAGCAAGUCUCGAGCUAUGAUGGAUCUCAAUCUCAAGUUGCAGAACUCGGCAAGCAAGACUCAACUCAAAGCCAUUGAUCUCGAAUUGGGCAAGAUGCGAGCCGAACAGGCGAACCUGCAUCUGGAGAUUGUGCAGUCCUUUGUGCCAGAAUCGUUUGAUGUGGACAAGAGGCCGAUCCUUGCUCUUUUGUGCUUCAAGCGCAUCAAAUCAAAGGCCGUACUGGGCAAGACCAUUCUGGCAGAAAGAGUGCGGGACCGACCCGAACUUCUUCAGGACCAUCCCAUGUCUGUGUUUGCCAUUAUGGAAAGAAUGAGUCUCAUUGCCAAUCUCUGCGACAGAUUCGUGCAGCACAUGUCCAACUGUUCUCCGGCGGAGUUUAUGAGAUACGGAGGGGCACCUUUUGAAUUGGAACCAGUGGAGCAUACGAUGACUGGGUGGAUCGAAGCCUUGCGUCGUGAUGAGCUCGCUUCUGAGGGUCCUGAGCAUCUGCAGCGCAUGGCUGGGAUUCUCGUUGACAUGGCGGAGAAAGUGCUUCCCGAAAACCAUGAAACAAAAGCAAUGCAACUCCUCGCGUCCAUCGCCAUGGUUGGGACCUACACAGAGAACAUUGCCGGCCAGGCCCAAGUUCUCGACCGGGCUGUGCAGGCCAGGCUCGGAUCGUCGACUGGGGAGGACGAGACUUCUCGGACGUUCGAAAAGCGAAUCGACCUUUUGGGGAUCAAGGCUCGCACGGUCAAGUACAUAUCCAGCAAAGUUGGGCACGCUCUUGAGGAGCUUCAAGCACGCUCGAUGUGCAUGGCGGAGUCGACAUGGAGUGCUUUUGCGGAAGCCGAGCUCUGCGCCGAGUCUGCUUCUCGACUCACGCAGCAAGUAGGCAACGCAGUCCUGGACACGCUCAACAACAGAGACGAGAGAGAGGUACCACUGUCGUACAACGAGAUCAUGGAUGUGAUGGCGAAGGCAGCGCAGGCGUCGCAGCAAGAGGAUGGCCAGCAGACGAGUAAUACUGAGGCAGCAGCAGAUUUCUUCGACAUUGUGACCAAGCAAUUGCAGCUUGCUCAGACGAAAGUGGACGAUCUGCACACCAGAUCCGCCGACGUUUCGUCCGCGAUCGAGUUCGAGAAACUACCGGCCCCGUGGGUGGUGCGGGCCAAAGAAGUCAAAGCGCAGAAGGUGCUGUCGCAGGACCUGCAGGAGGAAAUGGCCCUCUUGAGAUCGAAGAUCCAGGAACAAAGCCUGCGGAUCGGCGAGAAGGACAAACAACUCGAGGAGCAGCAGGUGCGGGUCGAGCUGCUCGAGGCACGGGCCAAAGAGACCAAAGUCAAAGACGACGCCGUCCGAGCCAUGAAGGAGGAAAUCGAGAGACUGCGCGCCGAAAACGCCGUAGUAGCUCAAAACCUGCGCAACCUCGAGACAGAGUAUCAGACGAUGCUGGAAGCCAAAGCCGUGCAAGAGACCGAGCUCGAGGGCGUCAAGCAACGCAAUCUCUCCAACGGCGACGCGGGCAUGGCGGCGCACAGUGCCGCGGGAGAGACUGUCUCGGCGCGUGCCAAAGCCGAAAUCGAUCUGCUCAACGUCGAAAUCGCCAGUCUACAGGCCUCGGUGCGGUUCUUGAAAUAUGAGAACUAUCAACUCCGGAUCCCCGUGGGACAGAUCUCCAGCAGGGCCGCAGAGCACGCGUGGCUGGACCCCGGUCUUCUCAAGUCGGCGGGCGGGGCUGCAAAGGAUGAUCGUCUGAGACGGAAAGAGCAACAGCGUCUCCGGGAGGAGUCGAAGGAUAUGUUUGUCGGGCUGAUUGAAUUGGCUAAAGCGGCUAAACCGAUCAGAUUUGGAGCUGGAGUGAAUGGUGUUGUCCAUGCUGCUGUCGGGACUACUACUACUGCUGCUGCUGCUGCUACUACCACACCACAUUCUCGACGAACGCAAGCCCGAGCUGGACCUGGACCUGGAACAGCAGAGUCGCCAUUAUACAAAAUCCUCCGCUAUAAAGAGGAGCUGGAGCGCUGGACCGAUGCCAAAGACGACCUGGUCCGCCGAGCGCGCGUCAUGGUCCGUGUUCGACCGACACCAGUACCAAUACAACCAAUCCAUCGACACCAGAGCAGACGAGACCUUGUUGACAAUAACAAGAAUGGAGAUCGGAACAAUGGUGGUAGUGAGGGUGUCACUGGAAAGAUGAUCCCCGUGGUGGGAGAGGAAGGAGGAAAGGCCGAGGCUGAGGCUGAGGCCGAGGCCAACAACGGACUGGAUUUGGAGUUUGGGUCGACUGUGGAUGGGAUUCGUGUUGUUGAAUAA